AUGAUUGAACAAUUCAUGAAUCAUGAUCACGACGUAUUCACAUCCACCAGAAAGAGGAACGAUCACGGCAGUAGCUUAAAAGUGAACGAGGAAGAAACUAUAUCGCAUCAAGAAACUAUCCAACAUAAUGAUCUGGCAGAAGAAGGUAAUACUUCCUAUCAAUUAGGAGGCUCUUAUAUCACUACAAAACCUGUAAAAUUGGCUAGUCAUGAUUUGCAAAUCCUUGUUGGUUGGUACUUGGAAACAAUAGAACAACGACAACUCAAUGGAAAUAAGAAGGAAUGGCCAAAAUUAGUUGUCAUUCUCGAGGAUUUUGAAUCAUUCGAUCCACUUUUACUUCAGGACUUUAUGACCAUCAUUAGUGAAUAUCGGGUACAGUUACCUUUUGUGUUUAUUAUUGGCAUUGCCACUUCUACUGAAAUCCUUCAUCAAUCGUUGACAAAAUCCACUAUUUGUCUACUUCGUAUUGAAAAGUUUUGGUUACAACAAAGUGAUGUUUGGUUUAAUCGAGUCUUAGACAAGAUAUUCAUCGAAUCAGAUUUCACAUUAAAAUUUGGAGCGAAACCCUAUAAAUUUUUAUUGGAUCAUUUUUACUUGUUUGACUUUUCCAUCAGCAAAGUCAAGGCAAGCGUAAAAUACGCAUUGAUGCAUCAUUUUUACAGCAAUCCUCUUUCCAUCUUCCUUAGUCUGGCUGGUCAACCUUAUACAACACUUUUGGAAACAGUGACACGCUGGUAUCAAGAAAACAUUAUUACUGUUGAUCAUGCUGCUCAUGUGCGAAUGUUACGCUCAUUUCGGCAAUUCAUUGAAGAUUUGGAGGACGAACUUGACAAAAACAGACAGCUUGCUUUGAAAUUACUGAAUGAUGAUUGUUACUUGAUGACGGAACAAUUGGCGACAUGGUUAGUGGAUCUCGGAAGGUAUCAACGACAUUUUCAACGAGGAAUGGCUCUGCUUCAAUUCCUGCAAUCACAAUUUCCUCACACAAAAAAGAAAACGCGGCGUUUGCUUUAUCUGGAACAACUGGAAAAUUCACAAUGGGGUACUCAAGCAGAUACGAUUCAGUAUUUGGUAACAUUAGUACGGAAAAUGGAGGCAACAGCAUUGGAACCCUUUUUGGAACAACUCACAAAUAUAUUACAAGACUAUGAUGACAAUACUUGGAAGGAUAAGAUGACAACAUGGCAACAUCAGUUAAAGACAUGGCAAUCAGCGUCCGAUCAAGAAAAGGCCAAAAUGAAACAAAAAGAAAAACGAUUGGAAGGAAUGAUAGUAAGCUCAACCAAUAGGAUACCAACAUCCAUGGAAUCAUCAUCAUCAAGACAGACGAAAACAGCGGAAAAAGUACAAGAAAAUGCAUUUGCUCAAUUACGAGAAAAAGGAACUUUGACAUCGAAAAUGGCUAUGGAGAUUGCUGAUUGGCUCCAAUCUAUCUUACGUCAUGAUCUACGAUCUUAUACAAGUAUACCUGCACAUGAAUUAAUCUAUUAUACUCAUGUGAAAUUACAUGAAAAGUCAUUUGCACCUCAACCUCGUGGAUCUAUUCAAACAGCGUUAAAUCAAUCUCAAUAUUAUCUUAAUUGUGAUUGUUGUCAACAAGACCGUCAAUCACUAUUACCAAGUGAACAAGAUACUAGUUUGUUAUAUAAACUAUAUUUGGAAUGUGGACGCAUGAUUAAUUUGUACGACUGGUUUGUGGCUUUUGGUUGUUUAAUUGAAAGAGAACAUCGUCCUGAUGGCCAUCCUCUGGAUGAAAAUGAAGUGCAAGCAAGAUUCAUCCGAUCAGUAGCAGAACUUCAAUUCCUGGGUUUUAUCAAAUCUACUCAACGUAAAACGGAUCAUGUCAUUCGAUUAACUUGGUCCAAUAUUUGA